ACCACUUCCACUUCCGGUCCAGCUGUCAACAUUGCAGCAGACCACACACGUGUUUCCAGGGUGAAAAAAUGCCGAAGACUGCGAGAGGAAAACCUGCGGAGAAAGUCGUUCAUCCGUACAGCCGGAAGGCGGCUUAUCUGGCCCGAGAGGAGUGCAGGCUGAGGCGGAAAGAAAGACAGAAGACGGAGAAAGCCGCACGUCUUAGCAACAUUGGUGAGAAGCUGUUGUGGUUUCAGAGUCACCUGGAUCCAGCGAAGGCCACUUACACAAAGAAAGAUGCCUGCGACAUCAUUGAAAGAUACCUCCACAGAUUUGAUUCAGAAAUUGAACAAAUUGAGCUCACGAAUGGGAUCAAAGGUCGGCAGGGUCGUCUCCAUGGCGCCAGAGAGGCUGUAAUCAAACAGACCAUCGAGCGAGAGCGGGCGCAGUUCGAGGGCGUCGGUUUCGAGAUCCCAGACAUCAUCAAUGCAAAACAUCUGAGGACGUUCAGAGAGUGGAAUGGAGACCUGAAGAAACUUCCAAAUAUUAAACUGCGGAAGGUCUCAAACAAAGGUUUGGACACAAAGAAGGAAGACAAGGAUGAUGGUGACAAUAAUGAGGAAGAUGGAGAUGAUUUGUACAGUGAGCAAGUGGAUGAGAUGGUACCGAUCUCAGACUCCCAGUGAGCCUCUUCAUGUUUCACCUGCUUUUCAGCAGUUUUAAUGACUGUGUGAGAAGAUGCUGCUGCUCCACAGCUGUCCACAAGAUGGUGCAACAGCCUCAGAUGGAAAAGUCAAAUUAUUUUUUCAGUCUGAACUCCUGCUAAAUGUUUCUCAGUGACUUCACACCAGCCUUUCAAAGGGGUUCUACAUUCAUAAUUUAUUGCACAAACAAAUGCAUUUCAUGUGACCUGGAUGCUCCGUUUUAUCCCACACUUAAAAAAAAGCUGUCGUGGUGGGUUUAAGACACCAAUGAAACUGUAUUUUCUGUGAGGCGUGAAACCGAAUCAAACCUGUAUAAAAGCGAAUGAGUGUAAA